UUCAGUAAAUCUCAGGGUAUAAGUGCAUCCACAUACCAAGUAUCAGCCAAAGUACUUGUUGUGCUCCGAAAAAACAGCAAAAUGAGGAUCACAGAUCGCCCAAUUAUAGUUGGUGCCAUAUUUGGAAUUCUAGUAUUGCUGUUUUACUUUUCGAAGGAAAUGACAUUGAUGGAAAAAUCCAUCAGCUUACUCACAUCCAAAGACUCCAAACAAGGGGAGAAUGAAAGAGCAGCGACCAGCGAACUGCGUGUGCCCGAGGAGUUCCCUUUUCUCUCAGCUCAGGACCCGGUUCUUCUUGAGUAUGUGAAGCAGCGACUCAUACAGCCGCCUGCAGUAGGAGAUUACAACCUCUCGAAGCCCGACGGAAAGCACUUCUCGCAGUACUCGCAGAGUCAGGUCGCCAGUAAACUUCUUGAAGGACUGGAUAAAGGUUUCUUUUUGGAAGCCGGAGCACUGGACGGAGAAGACAAGAGCAACAGCUUGUACUUCGAGAGGGAGCGGUCCUGGACGGGCCUCCUCGUGGAGCCGGACCCUUCCCUGUACAAAACGCUCGUCUCGAAGAAGCGUAAAGCGUUCUCCAUCAACGCGGCCUUCUCGCUCUCCAAUGCGUCGGAUAUGGUCACAUUCUUGCCACGGCGAGGACUUGGCCGCCUGGCACCGGGCAGCACGAAAGGGAUACCUGUGAAGACUGUCCCCAUCGCCACCAUGCUGCAGGCGCUGGGGGUCACUCAGAUCGACUACUUUUCCCUGGACAUUGAGGGAGCCGAGCUGAAAGUUCUCGCGACAUUUCCCUGGGAUAAAGUCAAGAUUCGACUGAUUUGCAUCGAGGUUAACCACGUCGGGUUACGACCUGUGGAUUCCUUCAUGAAGAAACAAGGAUACACGUACGUCGGCAAGUGGCACAUUGACGCGUGGUAUGGGUGGAAGGACCUGCUUCAGGAAACUAUCAAUGUAGAUGAAUAUCCGAAGGAGUUAACUCCGUAGGGUUUCAGUCUCUUUCGGUCUUGUGUUGUGAUAAGUUUUAGAUAGAUAUUUGUUUAGAAUAUACUAUUGUAUGGGCUUUUGACAAUCUUGUUCUAUGUUCAAAAUGUUUAUCUGAUACUAAAACACCAGCGGUUCUCUGCUUUCAUGUCAAAUUCCAUUGUUAAGUUAAAUUUUAACGUAUAAAACGUAAACCUCGGCAAACGGUUAUUUUUGCCAUUCUGCAUAAUCUGAAGUUGUUUAAAUUGAAAUAUUCUAUUCUUUAAUAUUAUGUGACCCAGGGUAACCCUCCGAAAAAGGAUGUUAAAUAUCUUUUUUUUUUUUUUAAACUAUCGCGAUACUUUGUGGCGUUUUGAUAUUUGCUUUGAGUUUAUCUAGUACCAUUAGAUCAGUGAUCAGUGGUAUAGUGUAAUAUUUUUUGUACGUUUUGUAUUUCAUUGAGUGAAGGUAAAUUAAUUGCUCUUGAUCAGGUUAGUUAAGUAUAUAAUGAAUAUUUGAGGUUUUAAUGUGUUUUUGCAAUUUCUAUUAAGAUGCAUUUGUGAAGUGACAUAUUAAAGUUAAUUACACAUUUACAAGUUCA